GUCCUUUCUCCUGCUAGUGUCCCAGUUGGUCUAGCUCAUCCUCAGAGUCAUCAAGUUCCGAAAGGAAAACAUUUUUUAUUUUUCGGUCAAAAUCCAGUCAGUGGUUUUUAAGUUAACUUCGCCAGCAACUUUAAACCGUUUGAAAUCAAUUCAAUUAUCAAUAGUGAACUCAUCGACCAUCUUUUCAAAACCCAAAAAAGUUUUGGAAAAUAUUCGACGCCGAAAUCCAAACGGUCAUUUAGCGAGACUCGGCAGGACGCAAUCAGGUAAAAAGACAAAGGAAAGGAGGAGAGAAAAGAGGCAGACCAGGAGGCUCCUGCCCACUUAUCGUGAAUUCCGCCCGACUCCCGGGAGCAGACAAACCAACAGACAGACAGCCGACGAGCACAGACGAGAGAGAGAGCGCAAUGAGGCUCUUCUGGCAGAUCAUCGUCUUGUCAGCUGUUCUUCUCGAAGCCGGUAAGGAGCGGGCGCUAGCGGCUUCCAAUGCGGCAAUCGUCAACGACAAUGGCUCGGCCGGCCGUCAAGUCGCGCCCACCAGCACCAAGACCGUCUACGGCUUCCUCGAUUUCACCACCAUCGUCAGCGACACGAUGAUGAUCUUCAAGCCCAGCAAAUCUGGAGGUAACAAGGCCAGGAACGCUUUUGCAUCUCCACGGACGGCUUCCGUCGUUCUCAACAAGUUCAACAAACCAGGACCCGUGAACGGCCAUCGAGCCAAAGUGGAGGCCAGCCAGCCCGUCGCCCUGGAAUCGUCGGCCACUGUCCAGUUGAGCGAGGAGAGGGACGACGAUGAGCAAUCGCGCGGUAGGAGCGGCAACGGGCGGUUCAAGCCGUCCAGACCGCGCCAGACGACCACCCCAUCCAACAUCCACAUCGAGGGUAGUUUGGUCAACUUCGAGGAUCCUUCCGGCAGCAGCCAAUCGACUCCGCGCGGGAAGGCCGCCCUGACGGAGCGGCUGAAAGUGCCACGCCGGCAGACCAUUUCCCUGGAAGGCAAAGGUCCCGAUCCGGUUGUUCCGUCCUAUUCGGUCAUCAAGAGCCACGUCGACGUUAGUUCCAGGGUCGACAUUCACAUCGGUGGAUUGCCCAAGCAGGUGAGUGGAUCUUCAGCCGGAAGCAGGUUCCUACCCAAACAGGUGGAAGUUCGCAUGGAAGUGAAUUUAUCUCCGCCGACCAAGAAAUCCGCAACGACUACAACGGCCGCCUCACUGCCGGCCGGACAGAGUUUGGUGUCCAAAACGGUCGGGACCCGCAUCCAGAACGGAAUGACGACCAUCCACGAGACGUCGGUCAUCGGGACGACCAUCGACGGCCAGUACGCCCAUUUCGUGCAGAGCACUUCGACCGUGUUCCAGGAACCGACGGCCACCGUCGACGCUCUGCCUCCGGGUCGAUCCGGAAGCGUUGAAGUCGUUACCGAUAAAGCGAUGACGGUGUCGGUUGCCAAACCCAAAAUCACCAAGCCCGGAAGCGGUCCGUCCAAACCGAUGACGGAAGCCGAAGACAAGGCUCAUUUCGCAUCGCUUCCGUCGCUGGAAUCCCUCUUUGAAUCUGUCAGCGGUCCGGUCACAACCAAACCGGAAGAGGAGCUCCCCAAAGCGGAACCGCAAGUUUCCAGACAGAAUAUUCCGACCGUAUCCAUCCAGGAGGAAGUGACUCCGCCAGCCGUCCAGCACAAAUCCCAUUCGUCUCCGCCGGUGGUGCCCAGACCUUCCAACUCGCUCAACUUGGAGAGACGGGCCGGAUUGGCUUCGUCGCCCAGACUACGUGACGCAACCCCACGACCUCAGCGUCCGGAUGAGCAGCGCUGGCGCUACAGUCCCACCCCCAAACCCAAAGUGGCCAUCCAGAGAACAUCCAACGCAUCCGGAUCGCGCUUCCGGGAAAGAUUAGCCAAUCCGGGCUCCAACAGCCAGCCGUCGAGGGACAGCGAAGCGGAAGAGCUUUCCAGCUCCGUCAGCCAAAAUUACCAGGAGCCGGAAUCGCCCGAUCCGACGGAAGUGAUCACCCUCCGCGUUCAGAGCGUGACGCCGGAAGGCUACAGCAACCUCUACUACGAAAUUGCCACCAUCAAAUCACCGUACAUUAUGCGGCUGGGCGCCGUCCGGAACACUCGCUUCGUGACCCUGACCCGGAGUUACACCCGACUCAUCACGCCGACGCCACCUCCGGCUUCCGUCGCCACCCUCAUGGACGACAGCGACUACAGUUUGCCGGAAUACGAGCCGGAAGCCCUGCUGGAGCCCAGCCAACCUCUGCCGGAUCCGGAGAACAUCCUGGCGACGACGACCCCCUACGAACAAAUCUUGAAGGAAUCCAGCGACACGGCCACUUUGCCGGCCAUCAUCGUGGCGGCCACCGAAGUGACAAACGACUACACAAUGCAGACCGUGACGGAAACGUUCAGCACGACUGAGUUGAUGUUAAAGACGUCCAUUUUGCCGUACCAGCGGGCCGGCACGACGUCCCACAUGACGCUGACACAGUCGUACUACAUCACCCGAGUCGUUGUGGCCGUCAAAACCGUUCCGCCGGAAGAUCUCUACCAGUUCAUCCCCAGCAAGAAGCUAACGGACAUCAGCACCAAUUUGCAGGAGGCCGGCUCCGAGCACAACGUUCGACUCUUGCCCGGCGAGCUGGAAUUCAGCGAAAACGACGAGUACUCGGAUCAGGAGGACGACGGCCACCGCAACGAAAAGCGCGUUCCGGCCCCGCAAGACUAUCCAACCGAUUCGGAUCUGUCCAGCAUCGGCCAGGAAUUUGACCUGUCUUCGGUGGACCGGCCGUCGGCGCAAGUUGAUUUGGAACCCAGUUUGGUUGAUCCAGCUGGCGAGUUGACGACCAGGGCCGGCACUCCUCCUCUGCCCAACAGCUUCCAGCAGCUGGAACCCUCCAUCAAUGUGCCACAGCAAUUCCCCACCGGCCAAGAGACGCCCAUGCUGUCGCCGGAACAGUUGCAACAGCUGGCCCUGUUCCGCUACAUGAAUCCGUACGCAGCGGCCGGCCUGCCGUUCGGCUAUCCCGGUCUGCCAGGCUACGGAGGCGCCAACGGCGGUGGGCAACCUCAGGUGAUAACCACAAGCAAACCAGUGGUGCGGACGCUGGACGUCAUCCGGACGGAAACGGUGCCCAUCUGGAACGGAGUGACGACGAUUUACAGCACCAUUACGCGGACGAAAGGGACGACGGUGGUGACGGAAACCGAGUACGGGACGCAGACGAUCGCAGCGCCACUCAACCCGCUCUUUCCUGGCCAGCAGUACACGAUCGUGAGCAGUCCGGUCGUGACGGAAGUGACCACCACCAGCACUGAGCUCCGCAUUUACCGCAUCAUCUUCCGGGCUCAGACCACCUACACCACCGUGACUUCCACCACCGUAUUCCCGACCAUGGUCACCACUUAUGUGUCCAGCACCGUGGCCAUCCAGCCGACCGCAUUCCCAGCUGGAUUAUUUCCCGGAUCCUAUCCAUACGCCGCCUUCGGUUAAUACCACACCAACACCGAAAUCAGAGAAACAAUUUUUUAAAAAAAUAAUUAUGAAAUAGCUUAUACAAUGAUGGAAUAAGUGUCUUGGCAUAUUCAAAUCGAGACCAACUUUAAUAACUCACCUUCCGUGUACGUGUGUCUAAUUUUCUCGACCAUUUUUUUAACCAGCCAUCAUCCUCCUAUAAAAAUGAAUUUUGAUGUAAUCCUGCCCCCCCCCCAUCCCCUCCUUUUUUUGAAAAUGAGCGUGAGCGUUUCUCGAGUGUGUACAUAUUAUAAUGUCAAGUCUUGUGUUUUGUGAAAAAAAUUAUACCGAUGUCUUCCACAUGGAUACACACCUGGAAUCCCCCCUAAUUCUUUUCUCCACCCACCACCCCCAGUACCGACUUGCAUGUUGAUUCCAGGUUGCGUGAUUAUAUCUCUCUUUUUGAAAUGGCGCCGUUAUUUCUUUUCUUUUCCUUUAGCUAAAACUUUCUCCUCCUUUUUCUCUAUUUAACUUCUGGAAGACGAGGGACUUUUUUUUUGAUCAGUUUUGAUGACAAAAUGAAAGAGAAAAAGAGAGGGAGGAGAGCAGCUGUCAAGCGUGCAUCUAAAUAAAAAAAAAAGGGACGAUUCAAUAUCUGUAGGCAAUCAUUCUUUCUAUACACCCUCUCUCUCCCGACAAAAUACAGUAUUUUCAAAAAGAAAAAGCGCGCUGGUCGCCCGCGUCGCCAUUUUUAACUGAAACGCCGAAAAAGAAAUAUAUCAUAAAAAAACAGUUAUACAGGUAGUAGUUUUGAGAAUUUAGAUGAGCUUUAAAAAUUGAAAAAAAAAAACAUAUCUCUUAGUUUGUGUGUAACUUUCUAAACAUUUUCCUAUCAAUUCCCAUACCCCCCAUCUUUUUCUACAUCUCCUCUUUCAAACACCAAAUUUUACUAUUCGCCCAAUUUGCCUGGAUUCAGAGAUGACAUAAAUACAAUCAAUCGGUUAUUAA